UUAUAAAAUCAUUCAUGCCUUGUAUAAUUCAUCGUCGCAUUUCCCGCUCCUUUAAGUGCUCGUAACUCCUUCAAUCUCAUCAUUACAGCUGAUGCCUGUAGAACUUACACCCUUACAACUGAUGCAGAGCAUGGAGCCGCUCUACUGUCGGCCUAGCGUGAUCUCGCACGCGGCCAGCCUGCCUGUGUCCGGCGGCAGGCCCAGCAAAGACUUCUACGUCGACAACCUACUGAGCCCCCGGACUCUGGCAAAACCUGUGCCUUUGUCUCCGGCCUUUGUAAGGGAGGACGAUAAUAGCAAGAGAACGGAUCUGAAAUUUGGAGUGAACGCCAUCCUGGCUUUGGAUGAAAGGGAUAAAAUGAACCACUGCAGGGAAUUACAUACUUCAGGUGAAUGCAUUCAUUCGCAUCUCAGUCCUUUCGCCUAUCAACUGAAUAAGUGUGUGCCCCGACAGUACCGCCAGCCAUCCCCAGUGCAGUAUGUCAGCUUCAGAAUGCCUUUCGUUUCGGCAGGCUCCUACAUUGGCCAUGGAUACCAAAAUCUCAGCAGUACUAUGAUGGGUCAAAAUUUACCCCUUUCUCUAGGAGCUUCUCAGUCGACACUUUCACCUCCAGCAACGGUUCCUUUUCCUUGGUCAGCAGCGGCUAGGGGCAAACCAAGAAGAGGAAUGAUGAGACGAGCUGUUUUCUCUGAUGCCCAGAGACAAGGUUUGGAAAAAAGGUUUCAGAUGCAGAAAUAUAUCAGCAAACCUGAUCGGAAAAAACUCGCCGAAAAACUAGGGCUCAAAGAUUCCCAGGUCAAAAUAUGGUUUCAAAACCGUCGAAUGAAAUGGAGAAAUUCUAAAGAAAGAGAGCUACUUUCGUCUGGUGGAACCAGAGAACAGACCUUGCCAUCUAAACAUAAUCCUAAGCCAGAUUUGAAUGACAUUGUUCUGCGUCUUAAAAUUCCUGCGAAUGAUGAAAGAAUUCGGAUUAAAGGUUCCGAAUUGCCUUGUGAUUGCUCUGAAAUUGAUGAAGAUAAGUCUGCUGGAAGCCUUGAGCAGUUAGAAGUUAUUUGAAAACUUAAUCUCGAAGAUAAUUUCUUAACAAAUAAACGCUUUACAGAACUUGUUAUUGGAUGCUGAAGAGAUAUCAUUUAAAUUUGUACAUGUUAAAUAUAUAUCGGAAAUAAAGUGCAAUCAAUCCAUAUAGUGUGCUACCGUGAAAAAAGACUAAAUGAUAGUAGGAAAUGCAUUUAAAAUCUGAUAUAUAUUGCUUGUUUAAGAAUGGAAAUAGAACUGCUUUGGAAUUAUGGAACUGUAACAGGGAAAUGUUACCGGUGGCUACAGUCUAUUUUGUCAAUUCUUAUCAUUUUAGUACUGUGCUUAUUGAAUUUAAAUAAACUGAAAUUUUAUCAA